UACAAUCCUGUAUAAUAAAUCAACUUUUUGAUGAUAUUCUAAUCAGCACCUGUACAUAUAUUUACAUUGGAAAAAGUACUUGGAAGGUAAGUCUUCCAGCUAGUGGCUAUUUAAUAAAAUUGACUUUGAAUUGAAGGUCUUUGAUCUUUUCAUAUUUAGUUUCAGUGAAAAAUGGUCUAUCGGUAAAAUUAUUAUUAUAUUAUAAAUAAAAUUAUACAUAACUUUGUAAUCUUAUCCAAUUUCUUCUAAUUCCUCUAAUUCUUAUUCUUUGAAAGUUUUUGCAUGAAGAUAUGUUACACUUUCUUUGAUUUAGUGAAGACGUAUGCAUGUUUUUAUGUCUACAUAUGUUAGCAUACUGAGAGACCCUAAUGCUAUUUGAAAACCACAGUUUGUCCAAACCUGUAGGUGCCUUACAUCCUGUUUCAUUUCUACCAGCAUGCAACAAGGUGCUUCAACACAUUACAUAGAUCUCACACUCUCAUCAACGUUAUGAAGGGACUUUACAUACUGUUUUUAGCGCAGAUAAGUCUGCAGUUUCAGUGUGAUAAAACAAAGAUUCAAGCCACAAUUGGAAGCACAUUGACUAUUAUCUGCACCUAUGAAACAUCCAAGUACAGAUUUAGCAAGAAGUACUGGUGUGCUGGAGACUCCAGAUCCUCGUGUGAAGUUCUGAUGGACACAGAUGGAUACACACAGGCCACAUACCGAAGACGGGCUCAAAUCACUGAUAGAGUUUCUAGAGGUUUGGUUGUUAAUAUAGGAGAUCUAAAGUUGGAUGACAGUGGAAUAUACUGGGUCGCGAUUGACAAAAUUUAUGCUGAUAUAAUGACAAGGAUACAAGUCACAGUAACAAAAGAGGCUGUGAUAAAACCAAAGGUGUGGUCUCUCAGUUCCCUAAAGAUGACAUGCUGGGGACAACCGUCUGUGUUUCGCUGUAGGAGUGAGAGAGGAAUGGAUGUGCAGUACUCUUGGUACAGAGUUGGACACCCAAAUAACAUUGUCGUGCACCAUUCCACCGAUCUCUUUCUCCAUUGUUCAAACAUCACUGAAGACAGUCAGUUUUUUUGCUCGGCCUUUAAUGACGUCAGCAACCAGAACAGUGAUUUUGUUUCUCUGCAACUACUUCAGCCUGCAGACAAGGACUGCGUUUAUCUCAUCUCAUCAUACACUUUCUCUAGCUAUGACUGUAUAAGAAGCACAACAUCACUCUCAACAUCCAUCCAAACGACAGAGAACUUCCUGAGCUCUGCAACAGUUUCUCAUAUCACGUGGAGUCAGAAUAAGACAUGGAGUCAGAAUAAGACAAUGUCCUGGUCUGGUUUACCACUUUGGUAUGAGUGUCUUCGUUGGAUUCUUUCCUCAGUUAUGAUUGCCAUCUUAUGUGUAGUGCACGCAUGCUCAAAAUAUACAUCAAGAAGACUUACGGCUCAAGGCAAACACCCCAAAGACAUUUGAUUAAGAAUCAUGGUUUUACCUUUAUUACAAGUCUUUCUUUUGCAGGUACAUACGUUGCAUCCUUUUUAAUUCACGCUGACUUAAUUAUAUUCCUUGUUCUUAUUAUCUACAAGAUGUAGAGUUAUUUCAGCCCCAAACUGCUUAAUUCAUUCAAACUUCAUUAUGUAGAUAUUUUAGCUUUAGACGUGUCAAGUGUUAUAUAUAUAUAUAUUGAAAAAAAUUUAUCUGGAAAGACAAUCCUCACAUUUCAAGCAGAUAUCAACAUUAAUGCAACAUGCAAAUUAUCACACACAAUGAGCUAUUGUUGAAGUUGUUUUGUGACCUUGAUCAAGAAUCUGUAAAGAUAUA